GAAUUAAGAAGAUUAAUUUCAACUCAAACUCAAACUCAAACUCGACUGAUAUGGUUGACAAACGAACCCAAAUACGCCCCAACCCCAUAUAGAGCCUUCUCUCCCGGUAUGGUGGAAAAUUCAGAGUUAGAAUCAAGCGAGGCAAGAAGGAGAGACAGAGAAGAGAGAGAAAAUGUCGUCGGUGGUGGUGGUGGUUACAGAUGACGCCCAGGAACGAACACCUCUUCUCCAGAACCCAUCACCUCUCGUUGCGAACGGUGAUUCCAUUGUUAGAGAGGAAGAGAUUGUUCCUUCAUCACCGUCGUCGAACGAACCAGAUGGAUCCAGACCUAAUUCAAUCAGUCCCGAUCAACGGCUCGUCUCUCUCGACGUCUUCAGAGGCCUCACUGUCGCUCUGAUGAUUUUAGUAGAUGAUGCUGGAGGAGCUUUCCCGUCAAUAAAUCACUCUCCAUGGUUUGGUGUGACGCUUGCAGACUUUGUGAUGCCGUUUUUCCUCUUUGUUGUUGGUGUUGCCAUCAGUUUGGUAUUCAAGAAAAUAUCUAGUAAACCGGCAGCAACGAAAAAGGUCAUGCUGAGAACAGUUAAACUCUUCAUCUUCGGGCUGCUACUCCAAGGUGGGUAUUUUCAUGGACGCAACCAUUUAACUUAUGGUGUUGAUAUUGGCAACAUACGCUGGCUUGGUGUGCUACAGUGCUGGAUACUUCAUCAUUAUCUGCGCUUUUGUAAUAUACAGAGGAUUUCAAUUGGAUAUCUGUUCGCUUCAGUUCUCGAGAUCUGGCUUGUUAACAAUAUUGUGGUUGACUCAACACUUACAUUUAUGAAGAAAUACUACUUGCAGUGGAUGGUUGCUAUUAUUCUAGGCUCAGUUUACAUGGGCUUGCUGUAUGGUCUUUAUGUUCCGAAUUGGGAAUUUGAAGUUCCUAAUGUGAACGUGACCUCAUCAAUGUCAGGAUAUGAUUCUGGUACUCAAAUUGUGCAAUGUGGAGUGAGGGGCAGUCUUGAACCUCCUUGUAAUGCAGUAGGCUUAAUUGAUCGAUAUUUUCUUGGUGAACAUCAUCUUUAUCAACAUCCUGUGUACAGAAGAACAAAGGAAUGCAGUGUCAAUUCUCCUGAUUAUGGACCUCUACCACCAACUUCACCUCAGUGGUGCCUUGCUCCAUUUGAUCCAGAGGGCAUCUUAAGUUCGUUGAUGGCGGCCAUUACAUGUUUUGUGGGACUGCAAUAUGGACACAUUGCUCUUCAUUUUAAGGGCAACAUGCAGAGGGUGUUUUUAUGGUCUCUGUCUUCCUUUCCUCUACUGAUCUUGGGAUAUGUCUUAAAUGUCCUAGGUGUUCCUUUUUCCAAACCACUGUACACAUUGAGCUAUAUGUGCAUCACGGCAGGAACAUCAGGAUUCCUCUUAACCAUUAUCUUUUACAUCGUUGAUGUCAAACAUAUUGAAAAGCCAACGAAGCUAUUGCAAUGGAUGGGAAAGAAUGCUCUCAUUAUUUAUAUUUUGGCUGCUUGUGACCUCUUUCCAGCAGCUCUACAAGGUUUCUAUUGGCAUUCACCAGAAAACAACUUGGUUGACAACACGGAAUCACUAUUGCAGUUCAUGCUUCAUUCGAAGAAGUGGGGAACCCUGGCAUUCGUACUGCUUGAGAUUUUAUUUUGGGGUGUCGUUGCCGGUGUGCUCGACAUGAAACGUGUAUAUUUCAGACUAUAGUAGUAGUUACUGACAUGCAAAUAUGUUUGUUAGCACCACCUUCCAUAAGACACCAGUAUUUCAGUGUGUUAGAUAAGCAGGAGAGAGAAAAGGAAAUGAGUAGUUAGAAGAGAAGAAAAAAUAGUUGAGGGUAGUGGUAUUUUGAAUUGAAGACUUAAGACAAUAAACAUGUUGAAUUAUUGGAAAAUGACUACAAAAUUAGAACAAAAAGAACUUGCCGGAUUUAGUUAUGCCUUGCUGAUUAGGCAAAGCAGAAAGAUUAUGUACUUUGUUA